AUCCGAGGUAUCCUCACGGCUAUCCGCCUCCGCAGGGUUACCCAGGAGGAUACCCUCCUCAGGGUUACCCUCCACCGCAAGGCGGUUAUCCUCCGCAGCAGGGUUACCCCCCUCCACCUGCCGGUUACCCCCCUCAAGGAUAUCCUCAACAGGGUUACCCGCCACCCGCCGGCUACCCCCCUCAGGGAUACCCGCCACAGGGUUACCCCCCUCAAGGAUACCCGCCUGCCGGUUAUCCGCCUGCUUCUGCGUACCCCGCACCCCACGGCUACCCAG